AUGCGAAGAAGCAUUGGAUUGAAGAUCGUUACUUUUGGAAGGAUGGCUUUCGUCAUGUCUGCGGCUCUGAGAAUAUAUCAUAUUGCUGAAAAUACUCCAAUAUUGGCCAUGAUUGAUCGACCAAAGAAGAAAGGACUCCAGAAGUUGAUCGCACAUCAGAGUGAAAGCGAAUGGGCAUUGCCUCGGGAUCAUGACCGACACUUGCUGAAAUUUCCUCAAGAAACCAUUGAUACGAUCUCCCGCUUCGUUUUAACAAUCGAGGAUCAUACAGUCACGCCGGAUGUCACAACAUCAGAUUGGAAACAGGUUUUCAAGUCGCACAAGACCUAUUCUCUAGAUGGUGAGAGGAGUCUCAAGUCAGAGCUCAGCUUUAAUACUGUCAUCAUACACCCUUGCAAAGAUCAAGAAGGAAUAUACUUUGAGCUUCGAAAGCUAUUUCGCCCCAGGAUAGACGCAACUCUAUUACGAGUGUACAAAAGGUUCAGAGACAAUGCAACCAAGUUUUUAUAUAAGGAAAACGUGCUCCAUUUUACAACCAUGGAUUGA